GAGGGAGAGAGGGCGUGAAGAAGCCGCGGGCGUUGAAUGCGGUUUUCUUUCCUAAAUGCAGAAUAAAAAUCAAAUUGCUGGAAAUCCUCUCCGUUUAACAGAAGGUAAAAAAACAGAAAGAGCUGUCUCUUUGUCUCUCUCUCCUUUUGGAAUCGAUGGCUAAAACGAAAGUCUUAUUCGGACUGCUCACCUUCGUCACCAUUGGAAUGAUCAUAGGUGCUCUGCUUCAGUUAAUAUUUAUUCGACGGUUGGAGGAGUCAUCUGGUAUUCCUCACUGGGCAAAUGACAAUGAUGCAGAUGAUCUACGUCUAGGAUUGGUGAGACCUGAAAUAAUUAGUUGGUCACCUCGGAUAAUCGUCUUACAUAAUUUUUUGAGUAUGGAGGAAUGUGAUUAUCUUAGAGCCAUUGCACGACCUCGUCUUCAGGUUUCCACUGUGGUGGAUGUCAAAACUGGGAAGGGAAUUAAGAGUGAUGUUCGGACAAGCUCUGGUAUGUUUUUGAGUUCUGAAGAACGGAAAUAUCCACUAGUAAAGGCAAUUGAAAAACGAAUUUCUGUCUUUUCUCAAAUACCAGUGGAGAACGGAGAGCUCAUUCAAGUUCUGCGGUAUGAGAAGAAUCAAUUUUAUAGGCCACAUCAUGACUAUUUUGCUGACACUUUUAACUUGAAACGUGGAGGUCAACGAAUAGCAACAAUGCUCAUGUAUUUAAGCGACAAUGUUGUGGGAGGUGAAACGUAUUUUCCUAUGGCAGGAGAUGGAGAAUGCAGUUGUGGAGGGAAAAUGGUGAAAGGAAUGUGCGUACAACCAACUAAAGGAGAUGCAGUGCUGUUUUGGAGCAUGGGGCUGGAUGGAGCAACUGACCAAUACAGUAUUCAUGGUGGAUGUGAAGUUUUGGAAGGAGAGAAGUGGUCGGCUACAAAAUGGAUGAGGCAGAGAACUACAAUUUGAAUCCUUCUCACCCCCAUAUAUAAAAAUCUUUUUUUUCCCCUUCUAGUUGUUCAUUAGUCAUAUCUGAAUCUGAAGUGGUCAAUGUGCAGUCUAUGUAUCUAUAAUAUAUGAUAGGCUCACCUAGUUUACAUA